UGCAGCUCUGGAAACCCCUACUGCUCGCUUCUCGGUGAGGAGGGGGCUGCUGAUUCUGCUGCUUUCGACCUCCCCUCCCCCACCCCCUUGUUGCGUGCCAUCCAAAGCUGCAGCGCUGCGAUAAAUCAAUAACCAGCCUGGGGUUGGCUCUUCCCGAGGCGAGACUGCUGGACGGCCGCAGGCUAUAUAACUCAGAGCAAGCCGCCUGAACCCUCUCUCUUCAGCAGCAGCAACAGGAGCAGCAGCAGCAGCAGGAAAAGCACCAGGCGCAGGGGAGGCAAGAAGAGACCCUGCAGCGGCGGCGCCUCCUCUCUUCCAUCUAGCCCCCAAGAGCAGGCAGUUAAAACUGAGCGCUUCCUUGCUCUGGCUCAGGGAGAUGCGUGCAGCGGUCAAGGCAGAGGCCGGGCUUCGGGUAUCCCAGGGCCACUGCUGGUGGGUUUAAGAGGGCGCCUAGCCAGGAGAUCGGCAGGGACUAGCCUGGGGCGCGCCCCGUCUGCUGCAAACUCCGGAGGCUUUGCUUGUGAGACGCUGCUCCGAUAGUCGCUGCGAUGCUGCCUUUGCCUUGUAGGAGGUCCCUGCUGCUGCUGGGCGCCUGGAUGCUGUGGGCGCAGAGUUGCUUCUCUCUGCGCAUCUUUAGUGGUCAGAAGGUAUGCUAUGGUGAUUCAACACAUCCAUGUUACAAGAUAGCUUAUUUCCACGAUGUGUCCAGACGUGUGGGUUUCCAAGAGGCCCGCCAUGCCUGUGAAAUUGAUGGUGGUGUACUCCUAAGCCUACAAAGUGAAACAGAACAGACACUAAUAGAAAAUAUGUUGCAGAACCUAACAAAGUCAGGCUAUGGAAUUUCUGAUGGUGAUUUUUGGAUUGGCCUGUGGAGAAGUGGAGAUGGUCAAGCUACAACAAAUGCCUGCCCUGAUCUUUACAAAUGGGCAGAUGGUAGCACUUCACUUUUCAGAAAUUGGUAUACAGAUGAACCUUCCUGUGGGAGUGAAGCAUGUGUUGUGAUGUAUCAUCAGCCAACUGCUAAUCCUGGCUUGGGAGGGCCCUACCUUUACCAGUGGAAUGAUGACAGAUGCAACAUGAAGCACAAUUUUAUCUGCAAGUAUGCUCCAGAUGACAUCCUUGAAAAAGAAUUAGGAGAUAGAGCAGAUCCAGAUUAUGAAGUCCAAACAACAGUGCCAGCAGGGAAGCCUCAUGAUUCAAGCAACCCAGAAGAUAAUUUUCCUGUGGUUGUUACUGAAACUGGUUUAAUUCCCAAUCUAAUUUAUGUUGUUAUACCAACUAUACCACUGCUCUUGUUGAUAUUAGUGGCUUUUGGGACUUGCUGUUUCCAGAUGCUACAAAAAAGGGAAGCAAGGAGAAACUGCUUCAAUGACACAUCUCCAUUAUCAUCUGAAUGCCUUGCAGAAAGUUUAGAUUCUAACUUGUAAAGGAAGAACAAAAACUAGUCCGGACCAGUCUACGCUAUGGAUUUCAAAGAACCCAAGGAAAGAUAGUAGCAUGGAGGUAUAGAACUAUGACUGAAAAGCAAGGAGAAAUAGCAUUUUUUUACAUGCAGGGUCUCUUAUAUUGUCAUGUCAGAUAUUAGCUUGGAAUGGCUUGAAAUUGAAAAGGAUCAGCAACAUGAACUGGAAGCUCCCCCUUGAGGCAACUGUUCAAAUAUUUUUUUUUAUAUGCAAUGUUUUAUUUUUAAUUCAGCAGCAAAAUGUGUCAUUUUAAAAUGAAAAGAAUGCAUUUAUUUUGCUAAGGAAAAUGACUCCACUACAGAUUGCAAGAAGAUGGACUGAACAUUUGGAUUAUAUAUUGGAAAAUGUCUACUGUAUAGGUCAGUUCUAAAACAAUUGUUUCUAGUUUAAAUUUAACCUUUUCCCCUUAGUUUCUCAUACGUUGUAUCUAAAUUGAUGUUCUGUAAAUUCAGUUACUAUAAAUUUACAGUGUAACAAAGUAAUUUAUCUUUGCAUAAAAAUUUGAUAAAAUAUUGAUUGGUUUCAGAAGUGAUUUCCCUGUUCUAAUUUUCAUCCACUUCAGUAAAGGUGCUUGAAAGUCCUGUGGGACUCAUCUGCGGUUAAGGAUGCACAAACUUGUAAAUGUUCUGUUCUUUGGUAUUCUUUAAAGUUUGAGGAGUCCUUCUCCUUUACUAACUAGUUCCUUUUUUAAUAGCUAAAAUCAGUCCAUUCUUUUUAUGUCACUAUGAUUCUUAUUUUAUGCUUUUUAGUGUCUUUUGUGGGUAGUAAUCUUAUUUUUAAACUCAUUCAAAUAUGCUCCUUCACAUGAAAAAAAAAACACCCCUUCCAUUUCCCAGAGUUGUAAAUGGGCUGGCAUUUAUAAUCUAUUGUUUUGGUUUCCUUCCCUAUGUUAUUUGUUUAUUUAUUUAGCUUGUACCCUGCUUAUUAUUAUUCAACAAUAAUAAUACACAAUUUAAAUUCAUGAACUCA